CAUCAUCACUCAAACACACACCAAACCAAACCAAGAGUAUUAGCAUAGUCAAAAAGCCAUUAAUUAAUUAGCAUCUUAAUUAUUCCAAAUGGCUUCAAAAUUUGCUAUUAUUCUUCUUUCCCUCAACAUCCUAUUUUUCACUAUGGUUACCUCCAAUUAUGUUCCAUGUCCUCCACCACCCCCCAAGGGUCACAAACCCCACCACCCACCUUCCUCAAAAUCUCCAACUUGUCCUAGAGACACAAUUAAGUUUGGUGUGUGUGCUGAUUUAUUGGGUUUGAUUAAUGUUCAACUUGGUAAGCCACCAAAGACACCAUGUUGUUCACUCAUUGAUGGUCUUGCUAAUCUUGAAGCUGCUGUGUGCCUUUGCACUGCCCUUAAAGCUAAUGUGUUGGGAAUCAACCUUGAUCUUCCUAUUAACUUGAGCUUGAUACUUAACUAUUGUGGAAAGGGUGUUCCAAAGGGAUUCGUAUGCGGUUAUUGAUUAGAGACAUCACUUGAUAUGCUUGUGUCACUAUUUUCGUAAUUAUAUGUUUCAUUAUAUGGUGUGUGGAUUUUGUACUUUUUGGUAUAUUCUCUUUGGCAUUUAAUUUCAUUUGUUUUUGCCUAUGAACAUUUCGUUCAUACAUGAUUAUUAUUAUUGUUGUAAUGGUUAUUAUUGUUUUAUUGUUGUGAAUGGUUGGAAAUUGAAGCAUCUUGGUUUUCGUUUUCAACAUCAAUAAAUAUAUAUAUAUAUACA